AACUGAGGAUACACACAUUCACGGCCACUCAGCGCACAUCACCAACAUACAUUACACUGAAGUGAAGCGCUGGAGAUGCUGAAAGUGACAAUGCCCGCCUCUAGAGCCGCUCCUGAAUACUGGAUCGAUGGAUCCAAGAAGGAGACGCUGGCGGACUUCUACGAGCUGGAGUCUGAAUUGGGACGGGGAGCCACAUCAGUUGUGUACCGAUGCCGUCAGAAAGGCACCCAGAAGCACUAUGCUGUGAAAAUGCUGAAAAAAACAGUUGACAAGAAGAUUGUACGAACGGAGAUUGGUGUAUUACUGCGCCUCUCUCAUCCAAAUAUAAUCAAACUAAAGGAGAUCUUUGAGACCCCUGCGGAGAUUAGUCUCGUGUUAGAACUUGUUACCGGCGGAGAAUUGUUUGACAGGGUGGUGGAGAAAGGCUACUACAGCGAACGAGAUGCGGCUGAUGCAGUUAAACAAGUGCUUGAGGCAGUCGCGUACCUGCAUGAGAAUGGUGUAGUGCACAGAGACCUGAAACCCGAGAACCUGCUGUAUGCCACAUCAGCGCCAGAUGCUCCACUCAAAAUAGCGGAUUUUGGUUUGUCGAAAAUUGUUGACGAUCAGGUAACAAUGAAGACUGUGUGUGGCACUCCAGGAUAUUGUGCUCCAGAGAUUCUGCGGGGAUGUGCCUAUGGCCCUGAGGUUGACAUGUGGUCUGUGGGAGUUAUCACGUACAUUUUGUUAUGUGGCUUUGAGCCUUUUUUUGAUGACCGAGGAGACCAAUACAUGUUUAAACGCAUACUGAACUGUGAAUAUGAGUUUGUCUCCCCCUGGUGGGACAAUGUGUCUCUCAAUGCCAAGGACCUGGUGAAGAAACUAAUUGUGCAGGAUCCAAAGAAGCGUCUGACAACACAGCAGGCGCUGCAGCACCCCUGGGUGACUGGAAAGGCUGUUAACUUUACCCAUAUGGACACUGCUCAAAAGAAACUCCUGGAGUUCAAUGCUCGACGAAAACUCAAGGCAGCGGUCAAAGCAGUAGUAGCUUCAUCUCGAUUAGGCAGCGCAGGAAGCCAUGGGAACCCAGAUGGCAACAAAGGCGACUGCAGCUCUUCCUCUAUCAAAGAGAAGACAGCGGAGGAUCAGCCAGACACUGAACAGCCUCAGAUUCAGAAUGAGGGCUCUUAAAUCUCUAGAGCCUCACUGGAACUCGCACUUCUUCCCUUCAUGAAAGGAACGCGUUGCCUCAUAGAGGAGAGAACUGAUGGGCUUUGUUUGGUUCUUCUGCAUGCGGACUGUGUCUCUAUAGAAAUGUCCCAACUCAUGACCCAGCCAGUUGCCAUACCAUGCUAACAUCUGAUCGGUAUAUAACUUCGGAUUUUGUACAGCAUCAUUUGAUGGUAAUGAGAAGAACCAGAUGGGCUUUACAUCUAUGGCAGUUAAUAUGUAUGUUAUCAUGCUUUUGCCAAACAAUCGUAGUACUUUUGAUGAUAUAUGUUGCGUUUUAGUUGACCAAAUUACAUACGUGAUGCUUUUUAAUUCAGAUUUUUUUAUUUAUAAGUUAUUGGUCGUUGGUAAAGAAAGAUACUGAACCGUACCUUUACAUAAGCUUCAACUGAGAAUGCCUUAUCAUAUAGCGUGUUUUUAUAUUUCAUGAAUUAUUGUAUAUUUUAGAAAUACUACUAAACGGUUUGUUUCAAACUAAGAUAUAAGUAUAUUAUUCCCUUUGUAAAUAGAGAGAUGGUGAUUUCUUCUUAAAACGGAUGUAAAUCUGUGUUGAGAGCAGGAUAACAGGCCUAUCUGACACUCCACAUCACUAGGAAAAAGCCGAAAUCUUCUUUAUCUUGAGUACGCUUUUCACCAUCUCAUUGAAAAGGUUUUUAUCUAAAAGACGUACCAGUGAUAGAAUUCAUCCCAGAAUUCAGUGCUUUACCAAGGAGUCUGUGAUUGAUUUUAAACACACCUAGAACAACAUGGUGGAGUUUUGAUCUUUUUUCAUACUGUAUCUUUAAAGCAUGCUUGUAAUGUAUGGUUUGAGGGAAUGCUGUUUGAUAAUCACAUAUAAGCAAUGUAAUAAGGAUAUACAGUACAGGGGUUCAUGUUUUGCAUGUAGGAAUGUUUAUCUUAACUUCUGCAGUCGUCUUUUUAAAUGCACUGUAUUUUACAGAUAAAACUCACUGUCUAAUUAACAGUAUGCUAUCAGAGGCCAUUUGACGGUCACUUUGUAUAUGACACUAGUGUGUCAACUUUGUUAUCUGCCUGUUUCUAUGUCUAAGGACUCAAAAAUGCCAAUAAAACAGCACUGUAUAUUACUUGCAGAAAUAAAGAGUGCAAAACAGUCCAGUGUGUAUCACUGUGCAAGUUCUAAA